UCUCUCUCUCUCUCUCUCUCUCUCUCCGUCACCCCGUGCUCGUCUCCCCCCAAUUCCGUCUCCCCUUUUCCUCUUCCUCCUCGGUCGUCGCCUCCCCCCAGAGAGCAGGAGCCGCCCCCCGCCCCGUCCGCCGCCAUGAACCCCGAGUAUGACUACCUCUUCAAGCUGCUCCUCAUCGGGGACUCGGGCGUCGGAAAGUCUUGCCUGCUGCUGAGGUUUGCGGAUGAUUCAUAUCUGGAAAGCUAUAUCAGUACCAUUGGUGUUGAUUUUAAAAUCCGUACUGUUGAGCAAGAUGGGAAGACAAUAAAGCUGCAGAUUUGGGACACUGCUGGCCAAGAGCGCUUUAGGACCAUCACAAGCAGCUACUACCGUGGAGCUCAUGGCAUCAUUGUCGUGUAUGAUGUGACUGACCAGGAGAGCUUCAACAAUGUCAAGCAGUGGCUGAAUGAAAUUGACAGGUACGCCAGUGAAAAUGUGAACAAGCUUUUGGUGGGAAACAAGUGCGACCUGGCUGAGAACAGAGUAGUUUCUUAUGAGGCUGGCAAGGCCCUUGCUGAUGAGAUAGGGAUACCGUUCCUGGAGACUAGUGCCAAGGAUGCAACAAAUGUGGAGAAGGCAUUCAUGACCAUGGCAGGAGAGAUAAAGAACAGGAUGGCAAGUCAACCAGCUGCAAGUGGCGCUAGCAGGCCUGCAACGGUGCAAAUGCGGGGUCAGCCUGUUGCUCAGCAAAGCAGCUGCUGCUCUUGAUCGUCUAUCUAGAUUGCAGUAGUGUGAUUGUGCAGCAAGCAAAGCAUGGAUUGGCUGCUCUAUCCCUGUAAAUUAAGUCUUAUCACUAUCAAAAAACUUGUGUUCUCUGUUGGAUAUUGGAAGUAUGCCUCCUGACUGCAACACAUUUAAGCAGAUGAUAUGUUCUUACUGCCUGUUCA